UGACGAUAAUUUUUCUGUCUUAAAACUUACAUGCUUCGAUUAUGCUAAUUUAAAAGAAUCUUUUGACGAUCAUCAAUUUAAUUUAAUUCUAAAUUCUUCACACUGCUUUAUUAUCGUUAUCGAGGUAAAAAACACUGAUAACGUACUAAAUUCUGGUGAAAUCGUUAGCACACUUGAAACCUCAUUGUGUGGGAAUAAAAAAUAUUUUAUGAUAAACUUAUGCAACGCAAAAUUGAGAGAAACAUUUUUAUACUACCAAGGAGAAGUGAAACACAUUGACAAUGAUGAUUCAGAGAGAGAUAAAUAUAUUCAAAAUUUUAUUCGUGGUUCAUUGAUGAAUCAGUCAAUUCUUGACUGUACGUUAAGUCUUUUGACUAUUAAGAAAAAUAUUGAACAUGCAAUCUCAGAUGACGAUCCAUUAUUUUUGAGAUUGUUGUUGGCUUUCAAUGUGAAGCAUGAGAAAGAAUUCUUGAGAAACACGCUACAAACAUUAAUCAAACAUUGUAGCGUGCACACACUUGCAUCUUUUCUCGAUCUACCAAUCGUUGAUCUUGGAUGUUCCUAUCCACCAACGCAGUUGAUUGAAGAGGCUGUGCAAUAUACAUUUACAAAUGGUGAACAAAUUUUAAGUGUGGCAGCUCUUGAAAAUGAUUCAGAUGUAGUUUCGAUGUUACUUCGAGUGGGAGCUGAAGUUGAACAUCUUGACAAUAAAGGUAAAAAUGCUUGCGACUAUGCUUUAGAAGGAAAAAGAGAUGAGAACUUGAAGCUUUUGAUUGAGAAUGAUGCUAGAUUUCCUUUAGCAUUUGAAGGGAAAAUGCCUGCAGAUUUCGAGACAUCUCAGUCAAACGUGAAAAAGGAGAUUUUUGAAAUUUAUCAACAAAGAGUGAAUUUUCAUGAAUCGAUAAUUAAUUCAAUUAAUGAAGAAAACGAUACUGAGACCGUUAUUAAAGAAUACCGUUCAACAAAUCCAAGCACAAAGUUUGCAUUUACCCUGUCCGAAAAGUAUCCUUAUUCUAAAAGUAUUAUCGCUACGGCAUUGGAACACAAACAUUAUGCUGUUUACGCUUCGUUGGUGCUCCAUGAUUUCGCUCAAAGCAAUAAUGAUAAAGAAAUUAUUGGAAAUCUCAGAGAACAAGAAAAUGAAACCAUUAACGCUCUCUUACAAGAAAAAUUUACGAGAUGCAAUCUUUGGGAAAUUCGUUAUUUGAUAUCAAAUACAAGGAUUGGGUUUGGAGUAGAACACAACGAGUAUUCGAAAUAUUGGGAGAUAAUAAAAAGUGUGUAUAAAUAUUUGAAUUCAAUUGAAGAUAUUUGUGGUAUUUUAAAAAUUGUUGAACAUUCGAAAGCGCUCUCAAUCGUUGUUGACUUCAAGAACAAAAGUGUUAACAUGGUAGAUCACACAACCAAUGAAGGCCCUGAUGGGAUAACGCACAACUUCAGUGGUCGCAUAUUCGUUAGUGCUGUUGGUAAAUCGAAAGAAGAACUUUCGGGCGUAGUUAUUCACGAAUUAUGUCAC